UGAUCCAGGUCCCAGGAUCUGUCUCCCGUCUGUGUUCGGUCGUGCAUAUUUCGUGUGUUUUAUUUAGUUUUGUUCUGUGUUUUGAGAUUCUUAACAUCAGAAUUUCGGUAGUUUAAUAGCUAUGGUAUCUACAUUGAAUGUGGAAUAUGUGAAAUCGUGGCGUCAAUAGAGAAAUGUUAAGUGUUUUAUGUGCAGUGACAGAAUUCCCGGAACAUGAAGUUUUCUGAGUGGUAGUGUUUGUGUGAUUGGGCCAUAGGCCUGAUAUUAUUUUGAGUGAGUUCGUUAAAAGUCAGAGGAUAAACAUGGCAGAUUUAGAAGCCGUAUUAGCUGAUGUCAGCUAUUUAAUGGCAAUGGAAAAGUCGAAAUGUACUCCAGCAGCAAGGGCCAGUAAGAAAAUAGUCCUACCAGACCCUAGUGUUCGGAGUGUGAUGCACAAGUACCUUGAAAAGAAAAACGAAGUGAAUUUUGAUAAAAUAUUCAACCAAGUCUUAGGUUACCUCCUUUUUAAAGACUUCUGUGAAAACGUGUCAGAGGAGCCAGUACCUCAGCUUAGGUUCUACGAACAAAUCAAGCAAUACGAAAAGCUCGAGUGUCCAGAUGAAAGAAGGAAGCUAGCUCGGGAAAUCUACGAUAAUUUUAUAAUGAAAGAACUUCUCGCACAUGCACAUGAUUAUCCUAAAGAUGCGGUUGCACAUGUUCAAAAGUAUUUAAUGAAAAAUGAAGUUCCAGUUAAUUUAUUUGAGCCUUAUAUCCAAGAAAUAUUUAACCAUUUGCGAGGUACACCAUUCAAAAAAUUCUUAGAAAGUGAAAAAUACACGAGGUUUUGCCAAUGGAAAAAUCUAGAGUUAAACAUUCAGUUAACAAUGAACGACUUCAGCGUACAUAGAAUCAUUGGACGCGGUGGGUUUGGUGAGGUGUACGGCUGUCGUAAGGCGGACACGGGGAAAAUGUACGCAAUGAAGUGUCUAGACAAAAAGAGAAUCAAGAUGAAGCAAGGAGAAACACUUGCACUCAACGAGAGAAUCAUGCUGUCACUGGUCAGCACGGGGGUGGAUUGUCCGUUCAUUGUAUGUAUGACAUAUGCGUUCCACACACCAGACAAACUCUGUUUCAUCCUUGAUCUGAUGAACGGAGGCGAUUUACAUUACCAUCUCUCCCAACACGGGGUGUUCAACGAACAUGAAAUGAAGUUUUACGCAGCGGAAGUUAUCUUGGGGCUGGAGCAUAUGCACAGAAGGUAUAUUGUGUAUCGGGACCUCAAGCCUGCCAAUAUCUUGCUAGAUGAGCACGGACAUGUUCGUAUCUCAGAUCUGGGACUUGCUUGUGACUUCUCCAAGAAGAAACCUCACGCCAGCGUUGGCACACACGGCUACAUGGCGCCGGAAGUGCUAAGUAAAGGCACGGCGUACGACUCCAGCGCUGACUGGUUCUCCCUUGGCUGCAUGCUCUACAAGCUGCUCAAAGGUCACAGUCCGUUCCGACAACACAAGACCAAGGAUAAGCACGAGAUAGAUCGCAUGACACUUACCAUGGUAAAUGUGGAACUGCCAGACUCUUUCUCCAGGGAGCUGAGAGCGCUCUUGGAAGGUCUACUGCAGAGAGAUAUCGACAAACGGCUCGGCUGUCGUGGCAAUGGAGCUGACGAGGUGAAGGACCAUCCGUUCUUUGCAGGGCUGGAUUGGCAACAAGUGUACAUACAAAAGUACACACCACCCCUGAUACCUCCCCGAGGUGAGGUCAACGCAGCCGACGCCUUCGACAUUGGCUCCUUUGACGAGGAGGAUACUAAAGGAAUCAAGCUGACUGAUGCAGAUCAAGAUUUGUACAAGAACUUCCCUCUGGUGAUCUCUGAGAGAUGGCAAAACGAGGUUGCGGAAACUGUUUUUGAGACAAUCAAUCAAGAAGCGGACAAAAUGGAGCAAAAACGCAAGGCCAAGCAGAAGCAGCGAUUCGACUGCGAUGAGAAAGAAUCAGACUGCAUACUCCACGGGUACAUCAAGAAGCUGGGUGGGCCGUUUGCAUCAGCGUGGCAGACAAGAUACGCCAAGCUAUACCCGAACAGACUAGAGCUUCAUCCCGAGUCGGGCAGCACCAAACCCGAGUUGGUGUUCAUGGACCAGCUGGAGGAAGUGUCUCCCGACCUGGUGACAGUGAAGAACGAGCAGUGCAUCGUGCUCAAGACAAGAGACGCCAAGAUUGUGCUCACCAAUCCAGACGAGAUCGGACUGAAGGAGUGGUCUCUGUCCCUCCGGUCUGCUCACAAGUGUUCGCUUGAGCUGCUCGGUAGCAUGGCCAAGAAAGCGGGGAAGAUAUACGGCACAGAACGAGACAAAGUGGCCCCAGUGAUCGCUCCCCGCACCACCAACGGCAACUAACCUCACAAUGGACGUUACGUUACGUUAAGACCAAUUUUGAUUUUUUUAUAUAGCGUAAUAUUUAUUUAUUCGUAGCCUGUAAAUUCCCACAUCGUGUACUCAGUGUAGGCGUAAGUGAGUUUUAUGGUUUUGUAAUGUAAAUUUCUACAAUUUUAAUAUAUAAGUUUUGUUGUGAAUAAAGUUGUAAAUGUAAAAUAAACGCGGAACGUGGUUGUUUCAGCGUUCCCGCAUCACUGUAAGUGUAUAACUAUCAAUCGUAGCUUAAGGUGUAUUUAUGUUAGGUAGGACAUCGCUAUGUUAUGGAUCUGUAAAGGCUCUGUGAUUCCGUUAGUAGACAUUCGGCUUUACGUAUUUCCCGGCUGCGGUCGGAUCGUUCGGUUAGUAAGUUAUAUUUAUUGUUGCCUGUAUUAUCUUGUUAAGCGUUGUAGGUUAUUUAUUAUUUAUCUCGUCUAUUACAGUUGACUAGUUAUUCCAACCGUGUUGCGUGAUCGGACACCGUAGAAUUGAAAUUAUAAGUUUUUAGUUGCGAUUCGGUGAAUUUCCUAAGUCCUCGAUUUGUUCAGGUAGUGAAUCAAUGUGGAUUUUAACUCAAAGUGACAUGUAUAAAGUAACUGGUAUUCAAAUUUUGUAUCGACAAUUAGUUUUUUUAAACAACUUGAGUUUGUUCCUAAUGUUUUUUAUCAGAUGUUAACGCACAUUUCAGUACAAAAGAUCACUUUCAUACUUUUUUAUUGUUUCCACCUGUAGACAGUAGGCCUAACCACAAUUGUUACUGUUGUCAUGUUUUCAAACAGAGGACUAAAAUUUGCAAUUAGUACGGGUUGAUGCUCUUUGUAGAAGAGACCUGAUCAAAUCAGUAUCGUGAUCCUCAGUAUCAAGAAAAGAAACAAAACUUUAAAUGUAAUCAAGAGUAAUUAAUGAAAUAAUGUUAGUAAAUAUAAAAUGUAUUGUUAUUAAUCAAACACAAAUUUUAUCUAUAAUCAUGUUAGUUUUUCAUACCUGUGUUUUAAAAUAUGCUUAUUUAAAUGUUUAUUUGGAUUUAUUGUUAGCAUUUAAAGAUAAAAAUCAUGUUGUCAGACGCAUUUUCAAUAUGAGCACCAGUUGAAAAUCAUUUUUUUUCCUCUUUGGUAUUCCUAGUCUUCAGUAUCUACGUAGUAGUAUUAUUAAGGCAGGGUAAAAGUAUAGGGUUUUGUGCCAUUUUCUUUAUAUUUUAUACAACUGUUUAUGUUUUAUUUACUUUAAAAAGUAAUGGAAAUCCGGAUUUCAUACAUUUGUUGUGUUUUUUGUUCUUUAGUCUAUUAUUUAUACUUUGUUAUGCAUACUCACUUACUCAUUUAACUAAGUUUGUAUUUUCAUUAUUUUAUUUUUGUUGACAAAUUGUUCGUUGUAACCUAGAAAAUAUAAUUUUAUUGUGUUCAUAAUUAUUUUUUCAAUAUUUAUGUGGCGUGUUUUUUUUUUUGUCUUUGCAUAAACGUUUAUGUUGUUCAAACAUUUGAUAGUUUCCAUGUUUAUUUCACAAAUUUAUAUACAAUAAACCAAACUAAAAAAAUGACUUAAAGUGUCUUAUUCUCGAGAUUAAUUUCAAAUCAUACUUUCCAGUAUUACAACGAGUAUUUAGAUUCAACAUGCCAAAGGGUAAAGAGUAAAAAACAUUAUGUUUGUUAAAUUACAUUUUCUUUGUUUAUUUUCAUAAUAUAUUAAUGUUUCCACCAACGAA